UCUGAUCACCCUGGAUGGAGGAGCACAACCUCACCACGGUGACCGAGUUCAUCCUGCUGGGCAUCACAGACCGUCCCGAGCUGCAGGCUCCACUGUUCGUGCUGUUCCUCAUCAUCUACCUGACCUCACUGGUGGGCAACGUGGGCAUGAUCGUGCUCACCCAGGUGGACUCCAGGCUGCAAACACCCAUGUACUUUUUUCUCAGACACCUGGCUCUCACUGAUCUUGGCUAUUCUACAGCUGUGGGACCCAAAAUGUUGGUAAAUUUUGUUGUGCAUCCAAAUAAAAUCUCUUAUUAUUGCUGUGCUGCACAGCUUUCUUUAUUUCUUCUGUUUAUUGGUAGUGAGCUUUUUAUUCUGUCUGCCAUGUCUUAUGACCGCUAUGUGGCCAUCUGUAAGCCUCUCCUCUACAAUGUCAUAAUGUCACAAAAGGUAUGCUGGAUGCUGGUGGCAAUACCCUAUCUCUACUGCACAUUUAUGUCACUUGUAGUCACUGUAAAAAUUUUUACUUUAUCCUUCUGUGGCCAAAAUGUCAUCAGUCAUUUCUACUGCGACUGCAUCCCCUUGCUGUCUUUGCUGUGUUCAAAUACACAUGAAGUUGAAUUGAUAAUUAUGGCCUUUGCAGCUUUUGAUUUGAUUUCCUCCCUUCUGAUGGUCCUCGUGUCCUACCUGCUCAUCUUUGUGGCCAUUCUCAGGAUGAACUCCACAGAGGGCAGGCGCAAGGCCUUCUCCACCUGCGGGUCCCACCUGACCGUGGUCACAGUGUUCUACGGGACUUUGAUAUUCAUGUACGUGCAGCCCAAGUCCAGUCACUCCAAAGACACUGACAAAAUGUCUUCCGUAUUUUAUACUUUGAUCAUCCCAAUGUUGAAUCCUUUGAUCUACAGCUUGAGGAACAAAGAUGUAAAAUGUGCCCUUCAAAAGACCUUGAGAAGGAUAAGCAAUAUCUCCUGUUAA